AUGAACGAUAUUAAAGUGCAAGAUCACUGUCAUCUUACAGUUAUUUUUCACAAUCUUAGCGGCUACGAUUCCCAUUUCAUUAUUGAGAAUUUAGCUUCUGGGUUAAGAGGUCGCAUUGAUCUACUGCCUAUAAAUAAAGAACGAUAUAUUUCAUUCACGAAACAUUUGGAAGGAUACUUAAUUAAGUUCCGUUUUAUUGAUUCUUUCAGAUUCAUGGCAAAUAGUCUGGAUACAUUAGCAUCCUACCUAACCAUGUUUCCUAUUUUAAAGUCUCAAUUCACAGAUCUUACAGAAGAUAAAUUUAAUCUCAUAACUCGCAAACUUGUGUACCCAUAUGACUAUUUUAACUAUUUCGAUAAAUUCACAGAAACAGCAAUCCCUGAUUUUCCCCAAAUUUGGGAGGAAUUUUCAAUACAAAAUCUUGGCGAAUACUCUGAUUUGUAUCUAAAAAUUGAUGUUCUUCUUCUGGCGGAUGUUUUUGAAGAAUUUCGUUCAAAUUGUCAUAAUACAUACGGUCUUGACCCAGCUCACUACUUCACACUUCCUGGUUAUACCUGGGAUGCAAUGCUCAAAUGCACUGAUGUUACUUUAGAAUUAUUGACUGAUGUAGAUAUGUUAAUGUUUUUUGAACGCGGCAUUAGAGGAGGACUUAGUCAAUGUUCAAAACGUUAUUCGAAGGCAAACAAUAAAUAUAUGUGCAAUUACAACUCAACUAAGCCGUCUAAAUUCUUGAUUUAUAAUGAUAUUAAUAAUCAAUAUGGGUGGGCAAUGUGCCAAUUUCUACCACAAAAUAGUUUUGAGUGGCUGGAAAAUACGGCAGAUUUUAAAGUAGAAGAUGUGUCUGAUGAGUCACCUAUUGGUUAUAUCCUUGAAGUAGAUCUGGAAUAUCCGAAAGAAUUACAUAAUCUACACAAUCAACUCCCCUUCUGUUCAGAACGCAGUGUACCGCCUGGAUCAAAAGAAGAAAAAUUUUUGGCUACUUUAAAAGAUAAAGUUAAAUAUAUCAUCCAUUACCGAAACUUGAAGCAAGCAAUGGAGCAUGGUCUAAAUCUUACUAAAAUUCACAGAGUUCUCAGUUUUAGGCAGUCUCCUUGGCUCAAACCGUACAUUGAACUCAACACACGACUUCGAACUUUAUCCAAAAAUGACUUUGAAAAACAUUUGUUUAAACUGAUGAACAAUGCUGUGUUUGGCAAAACAAUGGAAAACGUUCGUAAACAUAGCAUUGUGAAACUAGUAACACAAUGGUCAGGUCGGUAUGGAGCAGAAUCGCUAAUUGCAAAGCCAGAAUUUAAAGCGUCAACUGUUUUUAAUGAGAAUCUUGUAGCCAUUGAACUGAAUAAAUCUGAAAUUUACGUCAAUAAACCGAUAUAUGUAGGUAUGUGUAUUUUGGAUUUGGCAAAAAUCACUAUAUAUGAUUUCCACUAUAAUUAUAUGAUUCCUGAAUUUGGUUUCAACUGUUCAUUGUGUUAUACGGAUACAGAUUCCCUUAUAUAUGAAAUAGAAUGUUACGAUUUCUACGAAGUAAUUAAACAUGAUUGUCGCAAUCGCUUUGAUACUAGUGAUUAUCCUUCUAAUAACAUUUUUGGAAUACCCCUCGUAAACAAAAAAGUAUUAGGCCUUAUGAAAGAUGAGAAUAAUGGGAAAAUUAUGACCGAAUUCGUUGGUUUACGCUCAAAAAUAUUAUCAUUCGAUGAUUUUGUAGACUGUUUAAAAAAUAACACUCGAAAAGAAGUAAAGCAAAAUCUCAUACAAUCUCAGAAACAUAAGCGUGUUCUCCCAGAUAUAGCGCAAAAGUUCAAUAACCAUAAUUGGCUGGGUGAACGAGCAAUGUUGGCGGUGAAAAAUAAAGAUGCCGAGGAUCUCAAUGCUAUCAUUCAGAAUUUUCAUCCAGGACAGUUGGUUUCCUUCAAAUCAGUUGACACCGUUAUGAACCAGGAAGACGUAGUCAACUAUCCCACGGAGUUUUUAAAUUCACUGGAAUUGUGUGGAUUACCACCUCACAAUUUGCAGUUAAAAAUAGGGUCAGUUGUCAUGAUGCUGCGUAACAUUAAUCAACCUCGACUGUGCAUUGGAACAAGACUGGGACUGGGACGUCAUUGA